UAGCGUCUUCGCCUGGCCUGUUCUCUUUUGCAGCCGACGCUUUGUCCCGGGCACCCCCCUCCGGGUCUCGGGUCCGGCACUUCCGGUGAGCCUCUGGGGCGUACCGGCUUGGCGCGGCGGAGGCGGCGGAGGCUGGGAGAGCGGUCGGCGGGGUACGUUCGUCAUAUUGCCUGAGAGAAGCGGAGUCUCUGAGGUGGUGUCCAUCAUGUUCUCUUUCAACAUGUUCGACCACCCGAUUCCCAGGGUUUUCCAAAACCGCUUCUCCACACAGUACCGCUGCUUCUCUGUGUCCAUGCUAGCAGGGCCUAAUGACAGGUCAGAUGUGGAGAAAGGAGGGAAGAUAAUUAUGCCACCCUCAGCCCUGGACCAACUCAGCCGACUUAAUAUUACCUAUCCCAUGCUGUUCAAACUGACCAAUAAGAAUUCGGACCGCAUGACGCAUUGUGGCGUGCUGGAGUUUGUGGCUGAUGAGGGCAUCUGCUACCUCCCACACUGGAUGAUGCAGAACUUGCUCUUGGAAGAAGGUGGCCUGGUCCAGGUGGAGAGUGUCAACCUUCAAGUGGCCACCUACUCCAAAUUCCAGCCUCAGAGCCCUGACUUCCUGGACAUCACCAACCCCAAAGCCGUAUUAGAAAAUGCACUUAGGAACUUUGCCUGUCUGACCACCGGGGAUGUGAUUGCCAUCAACUAUAAUGAAAAGAUCUACGAACUGCGUGUGAUGGAGACCAAACCUGACAAGGCAGUGUCCAUCAUUGAGUGUGACAUGAACGUGGACUUUGAUGCUCCCCUGGGCUACAAAGAACCCGAAAGACAAGUCCAGCAUGAGGAGUCGACAGAAGGUGAAGCCGACCACAGUGGCUAUGCUGGAGAGCUGGGCUUCCGCGCUUUCUCCGGCUCUGGCAAUAGACUGGAUGGGAAGAAGAAAGGGGUGGAGCCCAGCCCCUCCCCAAUCAAGCCUGGAGAUAUUAAAAGAGGAAUUCCCAAUUAUGAAUUUAAACUUGGUAAGAUAACUUUCAUCAGAAAUUCACGUCCCCUUGUCAAAAAGGUUGAAGAGGAUGAAGCUGGAGGCAGAUUCGUCGCUUUCUCUGGAGAAGGACAGUCGUUGCGUAAGAAGGGAAGAAAGCCCUAAGUGAGGACUGUUGGCUGACUGGAAAAUAAUAAAAGAAUAAAUUGCAACA